GUGCAUAGGUGUAAAUAAAGCUAAUAAAAGCUGAACAUCACAUUCUUCUUUGUAAUUGGCUGCUACAUGACGUGUGACCUGUUUCUUGAAUUCUGGGAAUUGAAGUUCUACAGUUGUCCCCCCUCCUCUGGUUUAGAUGUCACUUCCUGAUCUGCAGCAUCUUGACCAAUAUUACUACCACGAUGCCGGACUGUAUUGUGAAUGGGUGCCCAAGUACUACUAGAAGAGGAAAAUCAAAUCCUGCGGUUUCUUUUCACGUUUUCCCUAAAAGUGUUGACAGGAUUAGACAAUGGCUUAAACAAACUAAACAAUAUGAAGAUAGAUUAGAAGAGGUGGUUAAAUUGGUAUUUGAAACCAACAAGGGUAACAGAUAUCGUAUGUGUUCUUUGCAUUUUACAGAGGAUUCUUACUACACCCAUGGUGUACGGAAGUAUUUGAAAGAUGAUGCGCUUCCCACAAGAUUUAUUCAUGUUGCGGUAUCAACUCCAUUUCCUUCUGCAUCUUCAACCACCAAGAGAUCAACUCUAUCUCAAUUUCAUAAACCGUCAACAUCAAUGAAAGCUCCUGAUGUACCGGCUAAAGCUCCUGAUAUACCGGCUACAUCUACAACCAUACAGAAAGGUGUUCCUGUAAACCAAGUUAAACUAUCUUCAAUACUACCAACUAUAAGACCGAAAGUGAUGACAAUUCAUGAAGGUGUUCCUUUAAAGAAAAUUAAACUAUCUCCAAUACUACCAACUAUAAGACCGAAAGUGAUGACACCUGAAGAAAUAUCUAAUUUACAAGCACUAAAAAUGUCUCAUAUACGCAGUAUUCCUAUACUAAAAGGCAAUGCAAAAUGCUCUGUGUGCGGACAUUGUUUGAACAAACAGAUGAUUGAUACAAGUACAAUGACAGAGUUGAAGAUUACAGAGGACAAGUCUACAGAUUUUGACCGAUUUCAUUCAACACUCACAGCCAAAAUACAAACUGGUAAAAUGUUAGGUUUUAAAAAUAAAUCCACAAGUACUUCCGACUUUCUAAGAAAAUCAGAUAAGUAUACAUGGACUAUGGGUGAUGUAAGUUUAGAUCAUCCUCUGAGUAUUUCUACAAUUAAUAUAAAAUCACUGCAUAAACAGAGCACCAGCAGUACAGAUAGACGCACAACUUCCACAUCAUCUGUGAUAGCAAUAGAUAAAGAAUCUUCAACAGAUAAAGGAAUCAAGAUAGCCGAAGAAAGUGAUAUUUCAGUAAUCGAAAAUAUUGAAAAGGAUCCACAUGAUCCCAGUUUCAUUAGAGACACAACAGCAGAAUCUGAGGAAGAUUUUUCUCAGGUGGAAGAAGCUACCCCGGAAGGUUUUCCAGUGGUUGUACCGGAACGGUUAGAGAUUAAGAAAGAAAAGCCUGACAUGGAGUAUAAUGCGACCACAAUAAAGCGUGAAACUGGCACAUUUACUGCUGAUGGUUUUCCAUUGUGUGCGCUGGGAACGUUAGAGGUUAAGACUGAAAAAGAAGAUCUAGACAUUGAUGAUCGCGUGACAGCGAUAAAGAUUGAAAAUGUUACAACCACUGUUGAUGGUUUUCGUGUGGUCAUAGUGGAGAAUUUACAGGUGAAGGCGGAGCAAGAAGAUCCGUAUAUGGAGGGGGAAACAAAUACUUUUCCUGUUGAUGGGAUUUACGGAAGAUAUCGUACAGAUCUUUCAUGGUGUUUGCUCAUGGAUACCUUGGACAAAGGCAUGGAAAGACGAUACCAUCAUGUGUGGUUUCAACUAUAAGGAAUGCAUUUCCAGCACCAGAUCGCAUGUAUGUUGGAUCUUAUGCAGCAGAAGAAGAUGGACCUGCCAUUAAUAUGUUACUUGAUUAAAUUUAUAAAGCAGUUGUAUUCCCUUUCAGUUUGAAUAAAUAAAAAAGAGAAAUAGUA